AUGUCCUGGAUGCUGCGCAGGAAUCAGACAGCACAAUCAGACAGCACAAUCAGACAGCACAAUCAGACAGCACAAUCAGACGGUAGACACAAUCAGACAGCACAAUCAGACAGCACAAUCAGACAGCAGACACAAUCAGACAGCACAAUCAGACAGCACAAUCAGACAGCACAAUCAGACGGUAGACACAAUCAGACAGCAGACACAAUCAGACAGCAGACACAACCAGACAGCAGACACAACCAGACAGCAGACACAAUCAGACAGCAGACACAAUCAGACAGCACAAUCAGACAGCACAAUCAGACAGCACAAUCAGACGGCAGACACAAUCAGACAGCAGACACAAUCAGACAGCAGACACAACCAGACAGCAGACACAACCAGACAGCAGACACAAUCAGACAGCAGACACAAUCAGACAGCAGACACAAUCAGACAGCAGACACAAUCAGACAGCAGACACAAUCAGACAGCAGACACAAUCAGACAGCAGACACAAUCAACGCUCCGACGCUCCGACGCUCAGACGCUCCAGACGCUCAGACGCUCAGACGCUCAGACGCUCCGACGCUCAGACGCUCCGACGCUCCGACGCUCCGACGCUCCGACUCUCAGACGCUCCGACGCUCCGACGCUCCGACGCUCAGACGCUCCGACGCUCCGACGCUCAGACGCUCCGACGCUCAGACGCUCCGACGCUCAGACGCUCCGACGCUCCGACGCUCCGACGCUCCAGACGCUCCGACGCUCCGACGCUCCGACGCUCAGACGCUCAGACUCUCAGACGCUCCGACUCUCAGACGCUCCGACGCUCCGACGCUCAGACGCUCCGACGCUCAGACGCUCCGACGCUCCGACGCUCAGACGCUCCGACGCUCCGACGCUCCAGACGCUCCGACGCUCCGACGCUCAGACGCUCCGACGCUCCGACGCUCCGACGCUCAGACGCUCCGACGCUCAGACGCUCCGACGCUCCGACGCUCAGACGCUCAGACGCUCCGACGCUCAGACGCUCAGACGCUCAGACGCUCCGACGCUCCGACGCUCAGACGCUCAGACGCUCCGACGCUCAGACGCUCAGACGCUCAGACGCUCAGACGCUCCAGACGCUCCGACGCUCCGACGCUCAGACGCUCCGACGCUCAGACGCUCCGACGCUCCGACUCUCAGACGCUCCGACGCUCAGACGCUCAGACGCUCCGACGUUCAGACGCUCCGACGCUCAGACGCUCCGACGCUCAGACGCCAGACGCUCAGACGCUCAGACGCUCCGACGCUCCGACGCUCAGACGCUCCGACGCCAGACGCUCAGACGCUCUCAGACGCUCCGACUCUCAGACGCUCCGACGCUCCGACGCUCAGACGCUCAGACGCUCCGACGCUCAGACGCUCAGACGCUCCGACGCUCCGACGCUCAGACGCUCCGACGCUCCGACGCUCAGACGCUCCGACGCUCCGACGCUCCGACGCUCCGACGCUCAGACGCUCCGACGCUCCGACGCUCCGACGCUCAGACGCUCCGACGCUCAGACGCUCCGACGCUCCGACGCUCCGACGCUCAGACGCUCAGACGCUCCGACGCUCCGACGCUCCGACGCUCCGACGCUCCGACGCUCAGACGCUCCGACGCUCAGACGCUCCGACGCUCCGACGCUCAGACGCUCUGACGCUCAGACGCUCAGACGCUCCGACGCUCCGACGCUCAGACAUUAUUUACAAUUUGUCUUUAUUGAGUCCGUACUUAGAAACACUUACAUCUGUGGACUCAUCGAGGAGGAGGCUGAAACGCCGGUCACCCACAUCCGUGGACUCAUCGAGGAGGAGGCUGAAACGUUGGUCACCCACAUCCGUGGACUCAUCGAGGAGGAGUCAUUGGUGGCCCAGUCUGGAGGGGUGAACAUCUCCUGCUCUGACUGCAGCUGGGAGGGACUGCUGCGUGAGGACUGGGCCACCUGUGAGUGCUUUGGGAUGGGAGCACCAAUGAAGAGUUAG